CAAACCAAUCAAACCAACGAUGGCGUGUCUUCACACAAUGUGGGUGGGGUGAUUUCCAUGGGAUGCUGCAUAAUGUGGACCUAUGUAAAAUACGGGACAAAUCGCGUCCCGUAUUGAUUUGAUACGGGACGCGUCAUUUUGCCUGUAAAUACGGAACGAUUCCGUAUUUCACGGGACGGGUGGCAACCCUAAUCAGAUCAUAACAGCAGCACACAUACAGAGCAGAGAGGAUCUGUGUGAGCAGUCAUGGACGGGAGUCUGUUUGUGCUGCUGCUGUCAGGGCUCUUCUGGAGCAGUUCUGCUCUAUCUCGUCAGUACCACUAUAUAAAUGUAAGAAUGUCGUGGCCAGAGGCUCAGAGUUACUGCAGAGAGAAGUACACUGACCUGGCUACUGUAGACACCAUGGAUGAUGUGAACAGGCUGGUAAAUAUAGUGGAUGCUGGAUACAGCGGAUCAGUGUGGAUUGGACUGAAGAGAGGGACACAGAAACGCUGGGCUUGGUCUAAUGGAGAAAACAAAUCUUCUCCAUACUCUAACUGGGCUUCAGGAGAGCCAAAAGGGAUUGCAUCUUGUGCAGCUUAUCUUAACGGUUUAACUGGGAAAGAAGAGCUAUGA